AUGCGCUGGUCUCCAGAAGUUGAGACUACAAUCCUCAAAACCAUCUUCAACACCCAGACCUUCACCAUCGAUCUCAAAAAGAUGGUCGAACACUGGCCCGGCGACGACAAGCCCACCCUCAAGGCUCUAGAGUUCCAACUCGACAAGUACCGCAAGACACCAAAAUGUGACAACACUGUGACCUUCACCAAAAGUGCCGGAAAACGUGCUGCUGGUUCUAGUGCUACUUCUACGCCUGUUCGCAAGAAGCGCAAGGUGAAGGGAGACGGCGAUGUUGUGAAGAAUGGGGAUGAGGCCGAUUAUUUGGAGCCUGCUUAG